GGAUAGCUUCGUCUUGCUUUCUCUCUUUGGGUGAAAAUAGGGAAAAAAAAACCGCUUUUGCAAGGAAACCACCACAUCCAACAAAAUUCGAGAGAGGACAAGAGAAGAGAAGAAGGCGUUCAGAACUCUGCAAACCCUAACCAAUUCAUCUCUUCUAUUCUUUCUAUUUGACGAGGGAUUGUUUGUAUUGGUACAGUGGUUGGCCGUUUGGUGAUUUUUUGGUCAUUUUUUUUUCUCUUUGUUUGGGAAUAGUUUGAUGCUUUUGUUGGAAAAUUUGUGGAUAGACCGAUCGCAGUUUCCAGACUCUGCAUGGCUGGUUUGGUUGGCUAAUUGCGUAGUCGAUGGUAUGAAGUAUUGAUUUGGGUUCUGAAUUUGGGUUUUGGAGGUCAAAAUAUGGAUUUGGUAACUAGUUGCAAGGACAAAUUGGCAUAUUUUAGGAUAAAAGAGCUCAAGGAUGUCCUGACACAGUUAGGUCUUUCGAAGCAGGGAAAGAAACAGGACCUGGUUGACCGUAUACUUGCCGCUCUCUCAGAUGAGCAAGUUCCAAAGACAUCAGUAAAGAAAAGUGCUGUUGGAAAGGAAGAGGUGGCGAAACUGGUUGAUGACAUCUACAGAAAAAUGCAGAUUUCGGGGGCCACCGAUCUAGCAUCGAAGGGGCAGGGCGUUUUGGACAGCAGCAAAGCAAUAACUAAAGGAGACGUGGAUGAUUCCUUUCACUUGGAUACAAAAGUUCGCUGUCCAUGUGGAAGUUCAUUGGAGACAGAGUCAAUGAUUAAGUGCGAGGACCCCAGAUGUCGUGUGUGGCAACACAUUGGCUGUGUUAUAAUUCCUGAAAAACCCGCGGAGGGCAAUCCACAAGUUCCUGAUUUGUUUUACUGUGAGAUCUGUCGACUUAGCCGUGCCGACCCUUUUUGGGUUACUGUUGCCCAUCCUCUUUAUCCGGUGAAGUUGGCUACUUCGAAUAUUCCGACUGAUGGUUCAAACCCAGUGCAGAGUGUGGAGAAAACAUUUCAUCUUACAAGGGCAGACAAGGACUUAUUGACAAAACAAGAAUAUGAUGUUCAGGCUUGGUGCAUGCUUUUGAAUGACAAGGUUCCAUUUAGGAUGCAGUGGCCACAGUAUGCAGAUCUACAGGUCAAUGGUGUGCCAGUUCGAGCUAUUAACAGACCUGGUUCACAAUUAUUGGGGGCCAAUGGUCGUGAUGAUGGUCCAAUUAUCACGCCAUGUAUAAAAGAUGGGAUAAAUAAGAUAUCAUUAACUGGAUGUGAUGCUCGUAUCUUCUGUUUAGGAGUUAGAAUUGUGAAACGACGAACUGUUCAACAGAUACUCAACUUGAUUCCAAGAGAGUCUGACGGUGAACAUUUUGAAGAUGCACUUGCUCGAGUUUGUCGUUGUGUUGGUGGUGGAGCUGCAGACAAUGCUGAUAGUGACAGUGACCUGGAAGUUGUUGCAGAGUCUUUUGCUGUUAAUCUCCGGUGUCCUAUGAGUGGUUCAAGAAUGAAGGUUGCUGGAAGAUUUAAACCUUGUGCUCACAUGGGGUGUUUUGAUCUUGAUGUUUUUGUGGAAAUGAACCAGCGUUCUAGGAAGUGGCAGUGCCCCAUUUGUCUCAAGAACUACUCAUUGGAGAAUGUUAUCAUUGAUCCGUAUUUCAAUCGCAUCACUUCUAAGAUGCUGCAUUGUGGUGAAGAUAUAACAGAGAUUGAGGUGAAGCCAGAUGGCUCUUGGCGUGUGAAAACCAGAACUGAAGCUGAGCGCAGGGAUGUUGGUGAACUUGCUCAGUGGCACUAUCCUGAUGGUUCUCCUUAUGGGGGAGAGGUCAAAGCAAAAGUGGAAAUGGAUAAACAGAUCAAGCAGGAAGGUACUUCAGAAGGUUAUGCUGGUACUGGUUUGAAACUUGGAAUCAGGAAGAACUGCAAUGGCUUUUGGGAAGUCAGCAAACCAGAGGAUGUGAAUACCUCCUCUUCUGGUAGUAGAUUACGAGAAAAGUUUGAAAACCAUGAACAGAAAGUUAUUCCUAUGAGCAGUAGUGCCACUGGCAGUGGUCAGGAUGGUGAAGAUCCAAGUGUAAAUCAGGAUGGUGGUGGAAAUUUUGAUUUUACAAACAAUGGGAUAGAACUUGAUUCAUUGUCUCUAAAUGUGGAUUCGGCAUAUGGAUUUGCUGACCGAAACUUUUCUGCUCCAGUAGGGGAUGCAGAAGUUAUUGUUCUUAGUGAUUCUGAUGAUGACAAUAAUAUUUUGAUGACAUCUGGAGCUGUCUACAAGAAUAAUCAAGCUGAUGACGAUGGGGCUGACUUUUCAAUCCCCCCUCCUGGAACCUAUCCUGAAGAUCCUGCAGUUGGGAAUGGUUUGGGCUUUCUAAAUGCUGAUGAUGAAUUUGGGAUGCCCAUGUCCCUCUGGCAAAUGCCUCCUGGAAGCCAGACUGGCCCAGGGUUCCAGUUAUUUAAUUCAGAUGGCUCAGAUGCCUUAGUUGAUUUGCAGCAUGGUCCUAUAAACUGUCCUAUGUCAAUGAAUGGGUAUACAUUGGCUCCAGAUACUGUCAUGGGACCUGCUAGUCUAGUACCAGAUUCUUCUAUUGGUAGAUCUGAUGCCGACAUGAAUGAUGGCUUGGUUGAUAACCCAUUAGCCUUUGGUGGUGAAGAUCCCUCUCUUCAAAUCUUUCUUCCAACUAGGCCUUCAAAUGCAUCAGGGCAGCCUGAUUUGAGGGAUCAAGCUGAUGUGUCAAAUGGUGUCCGUACAGAGGACUGGAUCUCUCUAAGGCUUGGUGGUGGUGGAGCCACUGGCAGUCAUGGUGAUUCAGUUCCUGCAAAUGGACUGAAUUCUAGACAGCCGAUGCCUCCAAGAGAAGGUGCAAUGGAGUCUCUGGCUGAUACUGCUUCUUUGCUUCUUGGUAUGAAUGAUGGUAGAUCUGAGAAGUCAAGUCGGCAAAGAUCUGAUAGCCCUUUCACGUUUCCUCGUCAAAAACGUUCUGUGAGGCCACGUUUAUAUCUUUCUAUCGACUCAGACUCGGAGUAGUGAAGUGGACUUUUUUUGCCGAGACAACUGUUGCUUUCAAUUAAACUUUUGGGGGACAAACAUCUCCUGGGAUGAUUUGGUGAUUAAGGAAAAAUUUUUGGCAUUUGGUUCCUAGACAUGGAAGUCAGAUGAGUUGUGAAGCGUAUGUUUGGAACAAUGUCACCAGGAAAACUGUCCUCUUAAAGUUGUGUUGGCAGCUGGAAGUCGUUUUUCUUUCAAUUGGUGAGCUGUAGGCCUCAUAUACCCUUCUCAAUUUUGUGCAGUAUGACCUGGUUUCUGAUGUUCUUUGUUCUAUCAGGGGUUAUUACAAGCACACUCUUUCUUCCAUCUCGACACAGAUCUAUAUCUGAUGCUGGUAAAUUGUACAGUAGAUAUGUCUGAAAAUUGGAGUAUUCCAUUGGUGUUUAGCAAAUCUUUGGAUGUAGUGGAGAAGCCCUCAGUUUACAACACAAGUAUCCAACUUUUUUCGGGUCUCUGUUUAAUGAUGAGAGCAAAGAGCUUGUAAAUGUAUUUCAGAUUCAGUUAUUUAUAGGAAGAGUUUUAAGGCGUUCUCCUAAAUGUGCGACUUCACAAGCCAAUGGGUAUUUUUGAUCUUAUUCUUGGUGUUCACAGCAGGGGCUCAACUGUUUUGCCUUAGACACCAUUGAGCAGGGAACUAGCUUCGUCACCAUGAAAUCCAAGCUUUGCAAGCACGAGACCCCCUUCCCUUUCUCCCCUCUCGGCCUCCUCCUCCCUCUCUCUAUCUCUCAGGUUUUAUCAGAGCGUAUGAAGGCAGUAAUUUGAUAGAAGCAUACCCAAUUGCCCAUAUCUGAUAGCUUGCGAUCUGCGUAUAUGUUUUUCUUUUUUUACUGAUUUGUAAGAAAUUUAAGCCAUGGUAUUGAGAUGCUGGAUUCUUUGGCAUCCUACUGCGGUUUGUUGUAGUUGAAGAUCCUGGGUGAAUGUCAAGUUGAAUUCAUUCAUAAGCAA